AGGUAGUAUUUGCUACAAAAUACGACCACACGUGCGCAUUUACAUGAGAAGAAUAAAAUUGUGCUAAAACUGUGCGUGUUGUUGGGCUGAUUUCUGCCAUUUCUAGCAAGCACCAAGUGAAGCAGUGUUUAAUACCUGAUUUUAAGAUGACAGGGGAAACUGUGGUAAAUGCACGCACCUCUGCUGGUUUAAAAACUAAAGUAUUGGGUACUUUGUGUGCUCCUAUCAUAGUGAGAUUAGAGCCAGUUGGUCGUUGGUUUGAGGCUCAUAUUCACAGGCGUCACCAUCAUCACACCUUAUCUUACACGUCUGGUUCGCUUGGCUCUGAUUCAUCUUCUGAUAGCUCCGAUGAUGACCUGGAAUAUGAUGAAGAUGACUCCAUGUUGUUAACCCUAGACCCAAAAGAUUGGAAGAAUCAAGAUCACUAUGCUGUUCUUGGGUUGUCCAAAUUGAGAAACAAAGCAACCUCUGAUGAGAUUAAGAGAGCUUAUAAGCGUAAAGUGUUGAAACACCAUCCAGACAAGAGAAAAGUAGAGGGUGCCAAGAAGCCACGGGAAAAUGAUGAUGACUACUUCACAUGUAUCACAAGAGCUUAUGAAACUCUUGGAAAUCGAAUCAAGAGGAGGUCUUAUGACAGUGUAGAUUCCAAGUUUGAUGACAGCGUUCCUUCCGUUAACCAAAAUUCCAAAGAUAACUUCUUCAAGGAGUUUAGCAGAGCCUUUGACAGGAAUGCAGUAUGGUCCAAAAAGAAGAGAGUACCUCCACUGGGUAAUGACAAAGCUACAUUUGAAGAAGUCAAUAAAUUCUAUAAUUUUUGGUACGAUUUUGACUCUUGGAGGGAGUUUUCUUACUUAGAUGAAGAAGAGAAGGAAAAGGGGGAGAAUAGAGAAGAGAGACGUUGGAUCGAGAGACAGAACAAGGCAGCCAGACAGACCAGGAAAAAAGAAGAUGCAGCAAGGAUAAGAUUACUCGUUGAUAAUGCAUAUGCAUGUGACCCAAGAAUCAAACGCUUUAAAGAAGAAGAGAAGGAGAAGAAAGCAGCUGAGAAGAAAGCCAAGCAAGAUGCAGUUAAAGCAUUGCAGAUGGAGAAAGAACGAGAGAAACAAGCAGCUAUGGAGGCAGAGAGAUUAGCCAAAGAGAAAGAACAAGAGGAAGCUAAGGCAAAGGCUCAGGCAGCUAAAAAGGAGAGGGAAGCAGCUAAAAAGGUUAUCAAGAAAGAACGUAAGAUGCUGAGGGAUUUAUGUAAGAGAAACAACUACUUUGCAGAAGCAGAGGCUGACAGGGUGAAACAUAUGGCCGAUGUUGAGAUGCUGUGCGAAAGGCUAUCUGCUGUUGAUUUACAGGUUCUAAAUGAAACCUUGACUAAAUCCGAAGUUGAAUCAGCCAAAGAAGCCUUUUGUGCACAGGUAUGUGAUUUGAAUGCUGAUAUGGAACGACAGCAUCAAGAAGAGCUAAGGAAGCAGAAAGAAGCACAGACAAGUAAAGUAGGAAGUGGUGGGUCAGGAGGGCUUGGUAAACAUUGGAGUGAAGAGGAAGUACAACUAUUGGUCAAAGCAGUGAAAAUGUUCCCUGCUGGAACCGUGUCAAGGUAUGAUGUUAUUGCCACCUUCAUCAACCAACAUUCCUCAUCUGAACACAGCAAGACGGCUAAAGAUAUCAUCAACAAAACAAAGAAUCUUCAAAAGCUAGAUGGUUUUCAAAAAGAGGAAGUCAACAAAAGAGCGUUUGAUAAAUUUGAGAAGACGAUGAACAAAUCCAAAAAGCAAGAUGUGCCACAGCCAUCAGAACGCUUUGAUACAGCUGACAAACCAGGGGAAAAGAAAGCAAGUGGGGCUGCAGAAGUUGCUAAGCCAUGGAGCACAGAUGAACAGAGACGUUUAGAGCAAGCCUUGAAGACAUACCCAACAAGUACUAAAGACAGAUGGGAUCGCAUUGCAGAUACUGUGCCUGGACGUACGAAGAAGGAAUGCAUGUUGAGAUACAAGGAACUUGUUGAAAUGGUGAAGGCCAAGAAGGCAGCACAGGCAGCAGUUGGGAGGAAGUAGGAAGCCUGAAACGUUUAAUCAGUGCAGUAUAAGACCACGACCACAGUCUGGAGCUGAAAGGUUCAAUGUGCUAAGGUUCACUCAGCAGAAGAUAUUCAGGGUCUGUUAGAUUUUGCUUCCACUCCUAUACAAUGGACCCUUCCCAUGAAAUAAUUAUGCUAAUCACAUUCACGCAUGGGUACAGACCCUGUUGGUUGGCAA